UCUCGCGCUUUCUCACUCUAGCCGACUGCCCCUCACUGGCUAGGCGAACGUCCUCGAGUCCGUUUUCAAGCAGAGGCCAGCCGCGUCGUCGUCAGUGUGUCCUCGAAGGAGCGCGAGGGAGUUUGAACCGCGCGAGCCCGCGUAAUUAGUCGGGAUACGUAGAAAAACCACCGCUGCUGAGAGAAUUAAGAGGACGAAGACAGUCACCGUGGGUCCUCCGACGGCCGAUGCAGCCAAGUGUUGCCAGUGCGUGCUUUUUUGUUGUUGAACAACCCCUGAACGCCGCCCCUAGGUCCGCCAACUACAGUGUCGCCUGCAGUCCCUGUGCGUGAGCGGCAACCCGUGGGGAGAAAAGCCAGAGGCGGUUCUUGCGCGGGAGGCGGAAGAGGAAGCGCCGAUGUGCCCUGCCGCUUUCCCAGGAAAUCUGAGGUGCUGAAGCUCACCGAGGUAGAGGAAGUGCGACCUAUGGUGCAAGAAGAAAAGACAAAAGACAGUCCAAUAGCCGGAGUGAAGGACAGUGCAGAUGCCAAAAUAAAUGAUAUCCGGAUAAUCGAUUGGGCUGUUGACGAAGAGGUCGGAACGUACCGGAGAAUCACAGAUAAGGGAAAAAUAAAGUAAAGCGAGAGUAUACUGGAGCUGGAGAUAUUGAAACGCGGGAAUACGCCGAGACUGUUUGGUAGGUCUUCUCCUCUAGCGUUAUCGAGUGACGAAAGCUGUCGGUUUGUGUGGUGCUGGUGCUGGUGCGUGCGAAAAAAAUAUCUAAUCGUAAUAAGGGAUGGUUUUUCAAGGCAAACGAGCUACUGAGAGUGAGUGAGAGUGAUACAUUGAAGCUGAGGCGGACCUAGGAGGAAUCGGACAGGCGCAAUCCCGUCCAGGUGCGAUGCAACUUGGCAGAAGCGACAUUAACUAUGAGUUGAGGUCGCACCACUAAUUGGGACUGGCAUGGAGAAGGAGAACUCCGCAACGGGCGGCGGAGGUGGAAGCAGCGGAGGCGGCGGCGAAGCGACGGUGACGCCGGGCGCCACCUCCACCGCCGAACAUCUCCAGGCGGAUCAAGCCAACUCCUUGCUGGAUCCCACCGCCCUUUUUGGUGCUUAUUGGCCGCGUGGCGACUCCGCGGCCUCUUCCCUCUUCGGCGGGAUGCCGGGUGGCUAUGGGCUGGGCGCCCACCACUUGCCCUCGGCCUAUGCCAUCUUGGGUCGCGGUGGAAGCGGCCCUGGCUACGGAGGACAUACCGCGGCCGCAGGUCCGCCCCCGCCUCCGUACUCCCACAGUAGCCUUGGAACCCUGAGCGUGGCCGCGAGCCAGGCGGCGAGCCUCGGGAUCAACUCGGCCUCGGCCGCCUGGUGGACGAUGGCCACCCACCUUGCCACCCAGGAUUACCUCGCGAGGCUCCAGGGCGCAGCGGGCCUCCCGGCUUUCCCACCGGGUGCCGAGAGCCUCCUGCCCCCCUAUCCACCGGCGCUCCUCAAUGCGCCAUCGCACACCUCCCACAAGUCCACGAAGUCUAAGUCAAGCAAGAGUCACAAGACAGUGGCGGCCAAUAAUAGUAGCAGCUCAACAUCAAGCGCGAGUCACUCGAGCACCUCGAUAGUGUCGAGCCAGGUGCAAGCGUCGACCUCUCAUCACAAUACCAGUACCUCGUUAACGAGCACCACUCAGUCAUCCGCUUCGCAGCCGAAUGUCGUUACCGAUCCGAGCAGCAUAUUGGGCGGCGUCCGACUGCCACCCGACACGGAGAUUAUUAAGUACACGUCGAGCAUCGUCGGGCCCAAGGUCCCGGGCACGACGAACCGUGGCCGGAAGAAGACGAUAUCCCUGGACUCGCCGUCGGUGAGUGUUCACGCCCCCUACGGCUCGGGCGGCUCCGUACUCCCGGCCCACCAGACGAACAGCGGCUCCGGCGCCUCCAUCAUGAUGGAGUCCGCCGCCAAAUACAACCGCUCGAGGAACGACAGUAGCGGAGAUUACCGUGACACGGUCGACCGGGUCGAGGUCAUCAAGCUCCCGGCCCACUCGACCAACGGCUCCAUCCUCUCGGCCCCGGCCAACUACACGAGCAGCGGCAUCGGCAAUUCCGAGCCCGACGGGCCGCUCAAUCUCUCUCUGAAGCCGUCCUCGAGGAGCGGCGGCUCGCCCCUCGGCGGCAACCAGCCCCUCAGCCAGCUCAGCAAUCUAAGUCAGUCGCUCUUGGCCUCCGACCGAACCUCGCGCCGCAAGCCCGGGCCGAAGCCCCGGCGGGUGCCCCAGAACUCGGUACCGGUCCCGGCGACGCCCAACCCCUCGCUGGCCCAGCUCUUCGCCGCGGCUGACUCGCCCCAGCGACCGAGCAGCGGCAGCGAGGAGAGCGAGAGCGCCGCGGGCCCGACCCACCAGCAGCACAAGGACCGACCGAGGAACCUCGGCCGCGGUGUCUCCAAGCCCAAGAAGAACACGGUCGCGUCGCUCCUCGCCCAGAGCCGGGCCCUCGGCAUCAAGCCGAGCCCGGCCCUCGAUCCGAGCGUGCCCCUCUCCCACCAGGUAUCCCUCCUCAGGUCCAACAUUCUCGCGGCCCAGCUCCACGCCUCGACGCUCGGCCACCACGACGACAGAAGCCAGCGAUCCUUGCAGGAGAAAAUGAAGAACAAACUGAUGGAGGCCAGCGGCGAGGAGAGCAACAUGGACGUGACGAGCGAGAGCGGCAGCAACACAGACGUGCUCACGGACACGGACGAUGACAACGGAGACGGGACGCCCAGCGCGAAGAAGCGCAAGCUCAAUCACAGCGACAAGGACCUGCAAGUGCCGCUCGAGCGGGGCUGGAAGAGGGAAACGGUGAUCAAGGGCCUCGGCAAGACGGGCAUCAUCAAAGGCGACGUAUCCUAUUACAGCCCCUGCGGGAAAAUCUUUCGGAGCAGCUCGGAAUUGCUGAAGUUCCUCGAGAUGCUUAAUCCGGCCGAGCUGACUACGGCCAACUUCUCCUUCUCGUCCCGUCCCCUCGUGGGCGAGUUCCUUCAGCCGACGAUGGGCCUGGCCGAGGCGGAGUUCGUGAGACUGGGCGCUCAAGAGGUGGCGAGGAGGCUCGAGGAGCUUAGGGCCGCUGGCGGCUUUCGCGACAUCAGGAUCAAUAACCAGUACGAGAGGGACAAGCUGGCCUACGCCAAAAAAUUGGCCAAGGAGGAGGCGCAGCGUCAUAAGGAGCAGGCGAGAUUAAUUAAGGAGCAAGAGAAGUCGGAAAGACAAGAAGCCGUUCGAAGGGAGCGAGAACUUAGAAAUCAACAGCUACUCGAGGGUCGCAAACGGCUCGCGUUCACGAUCAAACAGAAGAUGAAGAUCAUCCAAGAGAUCGAGCGCGGCAAGAGCAAGAGCGACGUCGCCCGCGAGCUCGGUCUCGCGAGCAGCACCGUCGCCACGAUCUGGAAAAACCGCGAGAGCAUUGCCGAGAGCUGGCGGAACCGCGACAUGAUGCACUCGGAACUCGACGUCGAGACCGCCAAAAAAAUAAUCGCCCAAGUACCGCCGAUCUCAUCAUCAUCAUCAGCAACAUCAUCAUCACCAGCAACAACAGCAGCAACAUCAACAUCAUCACCAACAACAACAACAACAACAACAACAGCAUCAUCAUCAUCAACAACAGAAGCAACCGCCUCCGCCGCCCAGGCACAGAGUCAGACGCAAAGUCAGGAACUGCUGGAGGCGCGGAAAAAACGCCAAGAAGAAGUGGAGAAGAUACGUAUGGAAGAGCAACAGCGUAAGCAACAGGAACGAGAGUUAAAGAGGCAACAAGCGGUAAUAUUAAAGGAACAGAUGUACAUGCAGGAGCUCACCAAGCAGCGCGAGAUGCUCUACACCGUCGAGCUGGAGAGGGAGAGAAGACGGCAGCACAUGGCACUCAUACGCGCCCUGGAGAAUCGGCGCAAGAUGGAGGAGCGCGAGAAGAAGCGGCUCGAGGCCAGGGCCGAGCGAAUCGCCUCGAAGGAGAAGAGGGCCGAGCAGAGGAGGAUCGAGCUCGAGCUCGUCGAGCAAAUCAGGAAGCCCGUCGAGGACAUGGAGCUGACCGACCAUAAGGCCCUGCCGGAGAUCAAGCGGAUACCGGGCCUCAAGCUGCCGGGCCAGGCCUUCGCCGACAUCGUCAUGGUCUUCGAGUUCCUGCACAAUUUCGGCGAGACCCUGGGCUUCGACAUGGACUCGCUGCCGAGCCUCAAGAGUCUCCAGGCAGCCCUUCUCAACGACGAGGAGGCCGAGGAAGAGAUGCUCUCGGUCAUGACGCACCUGCUCGUCUGCGCGAUCGAGGACCCGGGCAUUCCACAACCGGCCCGACACACGACCGGCCUGGGGCAGAGCUUACGCCAGGCCGACAUAAGCCACGCCAACAUCAGCGAGGUACUGCGCAUCUAUCUUUACGCGAACGCGACCGGCGAGGUAAAGGCCCUGACGGGCGUCUGCCUCGAGCGCGAGCGCGACAAGCGCUUCGCCGAUCAUCACCAGAACGGCGGUGACAACGCCCUCAACUGCUCGAGUAAGAAUGCUCAGUUCUACGAGCACCUGCACAGCAACGACACCUGGAGAAUGUCCGAGAGGCUGCGCGACAAGCCCUUCCUCGCCCUCAACCCCACGCACAAGGCGCAGAUGCUCGCCUUCCUCUGCAACGAGCUCUUGCAGAACAAGGCCGUGCUCCGGCAGAUCGAGCUCAGCCUCGAGAACGUCGCCCAGCUGAAGAAGGAGCGCUUCCUCCUCGACACCAAGAUACGGAAACUGAGGCAGCUCCACGGCCGGAAGGUGCGCAUGGAGGCUGUGGGCGUGAUCGUCAACAAGACCGGUGACACGAUUACCAUUGAGAAGAAGGAGGUCGACGACGCCACCACCAACGCCAACGCCAACUCCAACGUCGCGGCUACGACACCGACCCCCGACGAUCCCCACCACGAGGAGGAGACCCAUGAGGAGGAGAUGUCCGAGAACGAGAGCGAGGGCACUCAGCCGGAGGAGGAGGAGGACAAGAAUCUGUCGGGCGAGGAGCUCGGCAAGAAGCUUGACAAGCUGCUGAAGCAGUCCGAGGAGCAGCUGCAGAAGCUCAACAGCUCAUCCAAGGAGCUCCGGGCCCACGUCUUCGGUCAAGACAGAUACUGGAGAAGGUAUUGGGAGCUUCCUUGUGCCGGUGGCAUUUACGUCGAGGCGAUGGAGAGCGCGGAGACCGAUGUCUUGGCUCUGCAAGCUGAGCUCGACGAGACCUACAAGAACAUGCCCAUCGAGAAGAAGCUCGAGCCGACGAAGCAGGAGAAAGAGACGGCUGACAUCGAGGAGGGCGAGGAGGGGGAGGGGGACGAAGACGACGAUGAUGAGGAUGAUGAUGAGGAUGAGAUAUCCGACGAGUUGAAAAAUUCAAUAUCCGAUGUGAAGAUGGAGCCCGAGGAUACAACCGAUCCUAUAAAGAACUCGAGCACGGAGGACAUUAAGCAGGAGAGCGAUGUAAUGAAAAUGGACGUGGAGCACAUUAAGUCCCAGGAGACCAAGAAAGAGGAGAACGGCAUGGACGAGGAGAUGAUUAAGCCUCUCAUUAAAAUGGAGGACAAAUUUGUCGAGACAAUAGCUAACGGCGAUAAAUUCAAUCAUGUCAAUAAUAGUCUGCACAACGGUAAGGAAUUGAACGGCAGCAGUUACCUCUCGGACGUUAACUGCACCGAGGCCAAUUGGUUUUCGAUUCUACCCCGGGAAACGUGCGAUACGCCUGGUCCAAGUACAAAGCAAAUUUUCGGAAUUGCCGAACCCACGGAAUUGAAGAUACCGAUAUUUCCGCCGCCCGCUAGUCCAAGCUUCGAGAGGUGCGAGAGCCCGGCGCCCCUUAUACUCACCCAAGACGAGGCGGCACAACUCGAGUAUCUCAAAAUCCACGGCCUCCCACCCCCGGGCGAGCCCAAGCCCGUCCCGCAAGAUUUGAGAUACGGCUGGUGGAGGAUUACCGACGUAGACACGUUUCAAGAGCUCCUCGAGCACAUUCACUCGCGCGGCGUGCGCGAGAAAGAGCUGAAGCGCACGACCUGGGCGACAAUGGAGUCCUUCCUCGCUGUGACGGGGAAGAUCCACGUGGAUCCGGGGAACGUCGCCGCGACCGAUAUGUCCGACGCCGAGGAGGACGCCAGCCCGGCCCCGGUGCCAAAAUCCGACGAUCCGGAGGACUGGAGCGAGCAGGUCGCGAUGCGCGUCGAUGCCCAGCUCCUCGAGCAGGUCGAGGCCCUCGAGGACAAGGUCGCCAACGCCAGUAUGCAGGUCAAGGGCUGGAAACUCCCGCCCCGAGCGGGUACCGAGGAAGCCGACGAGCUCGAGAAGCUGCACGAGAUGGAGCAAGUCAGUGCGGUCGAGCAGGCGCGCCAGAGGCUACUGUCCCUCGAGGCCGCCAUUGAAAGGAGAUACCUCAAGCCACCCCUCGGCGUCUGCACGGGCGACCCGAACCUGGCGGCUCUCAAGGCGGAACAGGCGGCCGCGGCCGCGAGCGCGAGCGCCAACUCCUCGAGCGACGGGGGCUCGGGCUCGGGCCCACCCGAAGAAACGACACCCCGGGGCCUGAAUAACUGGCGCGAGGCCACCGCUCGGGCCCACACCUCGGCCCAGCUCGCCAUGGCGUUGUACAUGCUCGAGGCCAGCAUCGCUUGGGACAAGAGCAUCAUGAAGGCUAACUGCCAAUUUUGUCACAGCGGCGACAACGAGGAUAAGUUGCUGCUUUGCGACGGCUGUGAUCGCGGCUAUCAUACUUAUUGUUUCCGUCCAAAAAUGGAAAACAUUCCCGAUGGAGAUUGGUACUGCCACGAGUGUAUGAAUAAGGCAACAGGAGAGAGAAAUUGUUUAGUCUGCGGCAAGCGAGUUGGUAAAAAUUUGGUCCUAUGCGAGCUUUGUCCCAGAGCUUAUCACACCGACUGCCAUAAUCCCGUCAUGCCAAAGAUGCCCAGAGGGAAGUGGUACUGCUCGAACUGUCACAGUAAGCAACCAAAGAAAAGAAAUAGCAGCCGAAGGAGUCAUAAAGGCGAAAAAGGAGGAGGAGGCACUCGAGACAGUGAAAGUUCCGAUCAUCCACCAGCUAGUCCAACGCCGUCGACGGCUUCGAACACGCAUGUAGAGGACGUGAGUUCGUCGGAACCGCCGACGCCGACCGCCUCCCCGAGGAAAGAAGGGGGCGCCGGCAAAACGCUUACGAAGAAGCAGCAGCGGGAGCUCGCGCCCUGCAAAAUACUCCUCGAACAGUUAGAACAGCAAGACGAGGCUUGGCCAUUCCUUUUACCCGUUAACACCAAACAAUUUCCGACCUACAAGAAAAUUAUAAAAAUCCCCAUGGAUCUCAGUACGAUCAAGAAGAAGUUGCAGGAUUGCGUAUAUAAGACGCGCGAGGACUUUUGCGCGGACGUACGGCAAAUGUUCACGAACUGCGAAGUCUUCAACGAAGACGAUAGCCCGGUGGGCAAAGCCGGACACGGGAUGCGCAACUUCUUCGAGGCGCGCUGGACUGAGAUAACCGGAGCCCCCCCUCCGACUCAUCCGCCGACGCAUAGCUGAGGAUCGGCUCGUGUUCGUAGUGGCUGCAAUAGUUUCGCACAUUUUUACUAUUAGGCGGCUCGGCUGGCGAGUUGGCAGGCCUGCGCUUACCUGCGCGCCCGAGAGAGAUGCCCGAUCUAAGACAC